UAAUAUUUUUCCCUUCAUUUUUGUGUGCCAUAAAUUUGAAAAUCUAAGCAAGCGCAGAGGAGAGGACAGCUAGGGUUUCAGCAAAAUCCCAAUUCCACCAUCGCAGAAGACCUGGGAUGGCGGAUAGGUUCUGGAGUAGGCAAUACUUUGGCGUGCCCAAGCGGCCUCGAUCAGACUAUGAUCUCCCAUAUUCUGGAUUGCCUUCAGGCAAUGAGGUCCAUAAUUAUUUAGUUCAAGGUGAUGAUUUUGGUGGCCCCCGAUCUGUAAAGGACUCAAAGACUGUUGGAUUGGCAUAUGGUCAAUAUUUCCAGGAUAUUCCUUCUUUUACUUCUGGAGCAGCUAGUGAUUUUCGUGGGGUUGGGUUAGGAACAGCAACUGGUGAAGCAAUAUCUGGUCUUUCAAUUUCUGGUCCUGCUGUUAUGGAUCAUUUGGAGGCCCUGGAUUCUGAUCUACCACCAAGUGGUCGAGGCAGGCGUUUUGGUCAUCAGCUGGAUGCAAUUAUCAGACCAAGCCGGGAAACGGUUCCUCUACCUCCUGAUGCAUCCAGCACUCUUUAUGUUGAGGGGCUUCCUCCUGACAGCACAAGGAGGGAAGUAGCUCAUAUUUUUCGCCCAUUUGUGGGGUAUAAAGAAGUAAGACUCGUGAGCAAAGAAUCCAAGCAUCGUGGUAGAGAUCCUCUUGUCCUUUGUUUCGUGGAUUUUACAAGCCCAGCCUGUGCUGCAACUGCAUUGAGUGCUUUGCAAGGUUAUAGGAUCAACGAACAUGAUUGUGAUUCUGCCCAAAUGAGAUUGCAGUUUUCUCAGUACCCAGAUCCAAGGUCUGGCUCUGGAUCCCGUGGGAAGCGCAAAACCAGCUUCAAGAGAGGGCGCCCAAGCAGAAUGAAGUCUCAUGUACUUCGCUGAGGAAGAGGUAGAGAGAUGUGAAGGUUGCAUCAUUUAUUUGGUAGUGAAUAGAAGACUAAUGGAUAAUAAUUGGAAACAGUCUGGGAAUUCCAAACCACAUGCAAUCAGAGCUGUUGAUGGAGGAUGGCUCGAGUUAAAACACAGAAUAGUUUUGGGCUUUACAUGAUAUAGUUUACUUCGUAGGACAAGUUUCCACAGCCAUUAGAAUGGCUGACCAAGGUUUUGUUGAGCAUCACCAAUCCAUUGUAGUGAACAGGUACUAUUAAAAUCCUCCUCCUCCUCUGACAUGCAACCAAGAAAAAAUCAGAACCCUAAACUUACUGGGUGUGUUCGAAUCCUUUGCAUGAAACUCUAUAUUUUCUGUUAAAGCCUAUGUGAAACCAGUGAAAAUGUGACCUUUGCCAUUAAGGUUAUGAUGAUACAUUCAUUGGAAUGUAACGUCGAUAGCGACGAAUUCCGAAUUCCGAUUCCCAAAUGACAACAAUGUCUUUGGUGUCGAAGCAGAUGUUGACAUUUUACAAGCUGUCCCACCUCAUUAAUCUUCACAGAAUGGUGAUCCUAACUGCAUCUGAUUUUUCUUCA